GUUGGUAAAUUAUUGUGAUAAAAUUUACCACAUUUACCACAUUUUCAGUCACAUAUCCAACGAGUGUUCGUUUACGCGGUACUGCAAGCAGAGCAUCCAGAGCAGAACCUCGUAGAUAGCUGCGCAGAUAGGAUGCAUCCCUGCAUAAACGAACGACAUCUGCGGCAGUGACUGCAUAAACGAACGCACCCACUAUGUACUACUCCCACCACGGUUUCCAGUCAUUCCAGUGUUAUGUAUUAAGGAGUUUGCCACGCUACGCGUUGUCGACUUGUUGGUUAAACGAAGCAAUCGCGCGAACUGCGCAGUGAGAGAAUAUUUUUUCCCGUGAUCUGUGGGCCAAAUUCAGCGCCAUGUGCUCCACCGAUAAUAGCAGCAACAUAAACAAUGGUGUGCAGCGUAAUGAUGUCGGCGAUGCAUUCGGAUCGUUUGGCAAAAGCAGCGCAGUCCUUCCUUCUCCUAGUGUAGUACAAUUAGCACCUACCCAGCGUUAUGCUCCGUACUACAAUAUGAAUCAUUCUAAACGUGGUUUAGCUCUCAUCUUUAAUCAUGAAUUUUUCACUGUUUCACAUCUUAAACCUCGCUGUGGUACAAACGUUGAUUGUGAAAACUUAAUCAUCACACUGAAAAAUCUUGGUUUUGAAGUAAAUGAUUAUCACAAUUUAACUCAUAAAGAUGUUGUAAAGCAAUUAGAAAGAGUUGCGGAAAUGGAUCAUUCCGAACACGAUUGUUUGGUGGUAGCCGUUUUAAGUCACGGCGAACUAGGACUGCUCUAUGCUCACGAUGCUGCGUAUAAGGCAGAUUCUUUGUGGCAUUAUUUCACUGCCGAUAGGUGCCAGAGCCUUGCUGGCAAACCCAAGUUGUUCUUUAUACAAGCUUGCCAGGGUGACAAACUAGAUCCAGGCAUUAAUCUAAAAGAGCGUACCGAAACAGAUGGAAAUCUCGUUCCGACAUUUCGUAUUCCUACUCAAGCGGACUUUCUCAUUGCCUACUCGACCAUCCCAGGUUAUUAUUCUUGGAGGAACACCAGCCGUGGAUCAUGGUUCAUGCAAGCAUUGUGUAUGGAAUUGCGCGACAAUGGCACUCGCUACGACCUACUGACUUUGCUGACAUUCGUAUGUCAACGCGUCUCCCUGGAUUUUGAGUCAAACACACCAGAUAAUAUGGCAAUGCAUCAGCAGAAGCAAAUUCCAUGUAUUACUACUAUGCUGACACGUUUGGUAAAAUUUACAUCCCCAAAGAAUGGGGUUGUGUAGCCUGUAUAGUAAAGAAAAUUCUUACAUCUCGUAAUUAUUAUAUUUGCGUAUCCAUUUAUGGUACGCAAGGCUAUAUCAUUUAGCAAGACUGCAAAUGAGUAUCAAUUUUAUUUACGUGCCGCAGUUUGCUAAUAUGAUUGCCGUGUAUUAUGCACUAGACUUGCUUAUUUUACAUAUACAGUAUAUUGUAACAUUAUUUUAAAAUAAUUUUAUAAAUGUUUUUUUAUAAUGUUCAUGUCUCACAUAGUGCAAAUAUUAUAUCUACAAUAAUAUAAAAUAAUUUUCUAUUUUAUUAACAGCAACAAAUUUUUAUAAAGGAAGGUAAUUUUUUCUUUUGCUCACAUUAUUGUUUCUCCUAUAUCUAUAUUUCUGUAUUAAAGAAAAAAAGAUAAUUACUGCCAAGAUUUUUUUUUGUAUGUUUUCAUUCAUACAUCUCUAUAUGACAAAGUGUUGUGAUGAAAAUAGUAUUUCAAUUUUUUUAAAUAUUUAGUAUAAUAAGUAUAAAGUACUGGAAUAAAUUUAUUUGAAAAGAAUUUCAGAGGCAACUACUUUGCUUGUGAUAUUCUGAUUUCGUAUAAUUAAGAUACAUAUACGUAUAAUAAAUGCAAGUACAAGUUAUCAACUGCAAAAAUGUAUGUUAUAUACAAUAAGUCUGUUCUUUAUCACUGAAUUGGAUUACACUAAUAAAAAUUUACACUAAUAAAAAUUGAAUUUUUUUUUCAUUUUCGUGAAAUUUUAAAUAGAACAAAUGACUUAAUUAUUGAGUGUUCCAAAUGUUGAAAUUCAAAAAUUUAUUUUCGAAUAUUUUCUUUUUAAUAUUUAAAUUAUUUUGUCAACUUGAAAAUAUUAAUAUAAAAUUACAUAAGAAAUAUCAGCACUAAGAUCUAUCUAUCAUUAGUAUUGUGGAUAUUUAAAUUGGUAUAUAAUUAUAUUUAAUUUUAUUUGUCCUUUUAAGAAAUAUUUAUUAGUAUAUUUCAUUAAAAAUAAAAUUUUGAUCUCUUUUAAAAAAAGGGUAUUUGGAUCAGAUUUCUAGUUUGAAACACUAUCAAUAAUUGGGCCAGUUUCCCUAUAUAAUAUAAUGUUUUAGAAAUGAAGGUUAAUCGCUUGAAAGGUGGCUCAAAAAUAAGAAAAGAGUUUGUAUGAAUAUAAGUCUGGUAAUGCGUUAUUUUUUAGUUAUCGCUAUGUUGAAUGUUUAUGUUAAUUGCUUUGAUUUUAAAUUGUAAAAUUUUUUAUCAAAAUUGAUGGAAGAGAUAAUUUUUAUGAGUUUCAUAACAUAAUUAAAGGAAAAAUAAAAGAUUGCAGACAUUUUAAAACAAAUCAAUUUCAACAUAAAAAUGACAACAACUCGAAAACGGCGUAUUUCUGAAGUUAUGUUCAUAACUUUUUUUGUUUUGUUUUUGUGUCUUUACUUUUCGAGCGAUAAACUUUUGAAAUUUGUAUAUGAUGCAUUUGCAAAAAAGUGACACAAGUUGAAUUCAUAGAGAAAAAUCGGGAAAAAUGAUAGGGAACAUUUUGAAAUAUAUCUUCGUAAUAAAAUAUUUACAUUUUUUUCAGAGAAAUUGAAACAAUUUGUGAUUGGCUCUAAGCUAACUUGUGUUUAACAUUGUGCUGUAAAUAAUUUUAAAAUACGCAAUUUUCUUUUUUCUCUCCUAAAUAAUUUUAUACUUUUGUAUCGCUUCUUGUGCGAUAUUUAUUUCAUUUUAAAUAUAAUAAGUACACUAGUUCGGUUGUAAAGAACAGAUCUAAUACUCUUAAUCAUAUUUUUUGCAUCAGUAAUUUAUAUAAAUAUAAAAUAUAUAUGAAAAUAA